ACAAAAGCAAACGGACAAAAUAGACAACCUCAUAUAUAUGGCAUCCGAAAUUGUUCAUGGGGGGCUAUGGAUGGGUCAGAUUAACAUUAUCAGAUGGGAGCUGUUCGAGUCCCAGAGAAGAACUCGCCCAUCCAGUAGCAGGUCCACUCCUUACAAAGUCUCCUCCUCGUCUGUGCCCAGUGUUAUACCACUAGUAUUACUUGAAUUUUUGUGUAGUGGUACACUACUUAAAUCAUUGUGUAGUGGCAUUACUGGAUAUUCAGUAUGUCUGGAGAAUUAUUUAGCCUAGAGAAUUGCUUGGAGAAGCACAUUCCUGAGCAUGAACUAAAGGAAGUCAAAAGGAUUCUCUAUGGCCGUGAACUGAAUCCAUUUGAUAUUCCUGUGGCAGCAGAAAAGGUUGCACAGGAUCAUGACUUUGAAUUGAAAGGAUAUUGCAUUGAAGCAGCAGAAGAGCAGUUGACUCCUAAAAGGAUUGUACGAAUUGGAUUGAUCCAAAAUUCAAUAGUAGAACCAACUACAGCACCCAUUGCAGCACAAAGGGAUGCCAUCUUUAAGAAGAUCAAGUGCAUGACUGAAGCCGCAUCUUUAUGUGGAGUGAAUGUACUGUGUUACCAAGAAGCAUGGAACAUGCCUUUUGCAUUUUGUACAAGAGAAAAACUUCCAUGGUGUGAAUUUGCAGAGGAUGCAGAGACUGGGCCAACUACACUUCUCUGUCAGGAGCUUGCUCGAAAGUAUAACAUGGUUAUUGUGUCUCCAAUUCUGGAAAGAGAUUCAGUUCAUGGAGAUACGCUUUGGAAUACAGCAGUGGUGAUUAGUAACAAUGGCUACUUUUUAGGGAAAUCGCGUAAGAAUCACAUCCCUCGUGUUGGUGACUUCAAUGAAUCUACUUAUUACAUGGAAGGAGAUACUGGUCAUGUUGUAUUUCAGACUAAGUUCGGUCGAAUUGCUAUAAAUAUCUGCUACGGUCGUCAUCACCCACAAAAUUGGAUGAUGUAUGGAGUUAAUGGUGCAGAAAUUGUCUUCAAUCCCUCAGCUACUGUUGGGGCUCUGAGUGAACCAUUGUGGGGUAUCGAAGCAAGAAAUGCAGCUAUAGCUAACAGCUAUUUCACAUGCGCCAUCAACCGUGUAGGAACCGAGACAUUCCCCAAUGAAUUUACUUCAGCAGAUGGUAAACCUGCCCAUAAAGACUUUGGGCAUUUUUAUGGAUCCUCAUACAUUGCAGCUCCGGAUGGCUCACGAACACCAGGAUUGUCACGGACUCGUGAUGGGCUCCUGGUAGCAGAAGUAGAUUUAAACCUUUGUCGACAGGCUAAGGAUCGAUGGGGCUUCCGGAUGACUCAGCGACUGGAGUUAUAUGCCGACUCUUUAAAAGCAGCUGUUGAACCUGAUUACAAACCAAAUAUAGUGACAGACAUGUGCUAAAACACAUUCGGGAUAUGAAGUGGAAAGAGUAUGGUAUAUAGUAGUACGAAAGCCAUUUAUUGCGCUCGUAGGUUACAUGGUUUUAUGCACAAGUUUAGUUAGUCAGAGAAAACAUACCAUGUUUAUAUUAAUUUUACACUUUCAGAUAAAUACUAGGCUUUUGGCAUUGGUUUGUUUUAUAGGAUAAUGAAUAAAAUAUAGUUAUGUCAAUUGUUUUAUAACCCAGAUAAUUGUGGUAUAGAACACAUAUUAGGUAAUACUAUUCCUCUUGUCUUUUGUUUUCUCAUUAUGUUCUUCUAAAGUUUUGUCAGUAUGAGGUGCCUUAACAAUUUUUUAAUAACCUUUGUUUUUAUAAUAUUGAAAAUUUGAAUGGUUGAUACCUUCCUGCUCAUAUCAUAUUUUCUGAGAGGCCUAUUAUGAGCCUUAUCUUUCAUAGUCUAAAGUGACCAGUAUUCCAAUACCUCUUUCAUGAGAUCAAAGUGUAUUUUUGUGUCCUCAGUGCAUAUGUAGUGAUCUUUCAAAUAGAAAUAUUCUUUAUUUUUAAUGGUUGAUCUUUUAUUAGUGUUCAAUUUAUAUAGGAUAAAGUGAAUUUGAUAUUUUCGAAGUGGGAUUUAAUUUUCUAAUGUGCCAAAUCACCUUUAUACUUCCUGGAAUAUUAUAAUCAAGUUAAAGAUUUUACUGUGCUUUGAAAUGUUAUUUUGCAAAGAAUGACUGUUGGAUCAUUUAAAGAUGAUGAUACUUUAA